AUGGUAAAAAUGAAGAUUAAGCUGCACGUGUUUUCACGUGCAGUGUUAAUUUUGGUGUAUUUGAUUUCUAUCAAUUGCACGAAUGGUGUAAUUCUGACCAUAACUCAGUUUGGACAGAGACUUAACAUCAGUGGUCCUAUACUGACCUAUAUAGGACAGCAACAGUGUGUCCGAGAGUGUCUAAAGGAGGGGGGAUGUGAGUCCGUGAACUACUGCAGGUUUCUACUCCGAUGUCAGCUCAACCCCGCCACUGUCGGCCCGGGGGUCGGGCUUCUUCCGGACCACGGGUGUAUUUACCUGGAGAAAGCAACACAACCACAGGAACUCGCCAUGGGAUCGUGCCAGUCCUCUGUGUGUCCAUUUAAAUGUACACAGCUAUCCAGUGGAGCCACAUCAUGUACUCAUGUUGUCAGUGGUGGAAUACAGGUGCCUGUGACCAACCCAACAAGCCAAAUAGCGACGUCACAGUUCCCCACAACUACAACUAUGUAUCCUCCACCUGCACCAAUGACAGGUACGACGUCACAGUUCCCCACAACCACAACUACGUAUCCUCCACCUGCACCAACAACAGGAAUGACGUCACAGUUCCCAACAACUACAACUACGUAUCCUCCACCUGCACCAACAACAGGAAUGACAUCACAGUUCCCCACAACCACAACUACGUAUUCUCCACCUGUACCAACAACAGGAAUGACGUCACAGUUCCCCACAACCACAACAACGUAUCCUCCACCAACAACAGGAAUGACGUCACAGUUCCCCACAACCACAACUACGUAUUCUCCAUCUGCACCAACAACAGGAAUGACAUCACAGUUCCCCACAACCACAACUACGUAUUCUCCACCUGUACCAACAACAGGAAUGACGUCACAGUUCCCUACAACCACAACUACAUAUCCUCCAUCUGCACCAACAACAGGAAUGACGUCACAGUUCCCCACAACCACAACUACGUAUCCUCCACCAAUACCAACAACAGGACUGACGUCACAGUUCCCAACAACGACAACUACGUAUCCUCCACCUGCACCAACAACAGGAAUGACGUCACAGUUCCCCACAACCACAACUACCUAUCCUCCACCAACACCAACAACAGGAAUGACGUCACAGUUCCCCACAACCACAACUACGUAUCCUCCACCAACACCAACAACAGGAAUGACGUCACAGUUCCCAACAACCACAACUACCUAUCCUCCAUCUGCACCAACAACAGGAAUGACGUCACAGUUCCCCACUACAACAACAACUACAUCGACGAUUUCAACAACAGGUUCAUGGAGCUGUCCACCGCCGUUUAUCUGGAAACCUGCUGAAAAUCUUUGUUAUUAUAACAAUGAGAAUAGUCUGAGUUGGAUACAGGCCAAAAACACUUGCCAAGGCAUGGGCUCUGGAGCAAGACUGGCUAUACUGGACACACAUGAUAAAAUCAAUAGCGUCUUAAAUGAUUACGGUAUGGGAUAUUUGAAUUAUCAUCAAUACUUUAUCGGGGGACAUUUCAACGACUUGGCGGGAACAUGGAAGUGGAUAAGCGGGAUGAACGUGGACCAGGCGUUCCUUGUAUUUUACAAUAUCCCAGACAAACCUGGCGAUUGCCUGAUAUGGGACGAUAUUGGCCUCCUACAUUAUUACAAGUGUACCAUUAAUCGCCCGUCUCUUUGUGAAAUACCAAACUGA